GGUGGAUCCGGAGUUAAUGAGGGUGACAAUGUUGAUUGCACAUCAUUGUUUCUAAGUGAUGUUUAUGAUACCCAUGAUCAAGCUUGUAAAGCGGCAAAGGAGAUUGCCAUGAGUAAUAGUUUUUCCUUGAUAGUGGCAUCAGUCAAGAGAAACGUUGGAGAAGGCAAUCCGAGGAUCGAUAUGGAUUGCAACCAUGGUAGUAGGAGCAACUCAUAUACGUCUGAUCCCGCAAAGACAACACGGAGCAAAUCUACAACAGGCAAGUUAGGUUGUCAUUUUCGAGUGGUGGUGCAAUCCGUAAAAAUAGAUGGCAAGUGGAAGUGGAGAAUUCAUGGGAUUAAGUCGAGGGGAUUUCACAGUCACAGAUUGGAGGUUUACUCUGAGGGAAGCAGGCAAAAGAAUGCUCUUUCACAUGUGGAAAAAAUGAAUAUUAAGGAGUUGGAGGCAACACAUAUUCAGGCUAAAGAUAUAAGAAGUUUGCUCAAUAUGAAGUACGAUGCUCAUCACAACAUGACUCAGAUUUAUAAUGAGACAGCAAAAAUUAGGCGUGAGAGAUUGGGUGGGUUGAAACCUAUGCGGUGGACAUUGAUAGAAGCUCAACGUCUUGGCUAG